AUGCCCAACUCUCCCACUAUGAAUUUCCUCAAAUCCGCUCGGAUGAGCUUCAUCUCAUGGAUGCAUGAGACACCGCUUCCCUCUGCAGGAUCCAUAGCAGCAUACCCCGAAUUCCAGUCGUGGCAUCAGUUUGACCCCGUCCAGCGGUGGGUCUCCUGGGCCCCAACGCACUUGGACAAUACAAGCGUAAAGCCAAACAACGCAGAAACUACAUCAAAUCUAGUGCUUCUGACAUGGAACAUCGAUGCCACAUCCUCCCAGACCCAACAACGCGUUGCGGAAAUCAUCACGUUCAUCACAAACCUGCAUGCUAAAGUCGAUGUCAUUUUCAUCCAAGAGGUCUCAAAGCCAGCCUUGCAAUAUAUUCUCGAGGAUGAACGCAUACGCGAAUCUUGGAUUUCGAGUGAAUGUGACGAUACAGCAUGGGGAAGGCAGUCAUUUGCAACGAUCACUCUCAUGUCAAAGACACGCUUUGGGCGGGAUGCCGAUUCUGGUGCAAACAAAGCCAUUCUGGGUCCUGUUUGGCGUGUGAAAUAUCCGUCUCGGUUUGAUCGAGAUGCCCUUUGCUGUGACAUAUUUGUUCCUUCCUCGAACUCAAAGCCUGGCUCUAAGUCCUCUUCUGCUACCCGUAUACGGCUUGUCAAUGUUCAUCUAGAUUCUCUGCCGAUUCAGCCAUCCCGCAGACCCCAGCAGAUAUCUAUUGCCUCGUCAUACCUCCGCGCUGCAGGAUGUGGUGUUGUGGCUGGCGACUUUAACCCGGUCCUUGAGGAGGAUGGCAUCCUCAUCGACAAAAAUGGCUUGACGGAUGCUUGGGUAACCCUUCAUUCUCAAGAUCCCGGUUACACAUGGGGAGUAGAUGGGCAGCAACCCUUUCCGCCGAACCGGCUGGACAGAGUUGCUGUAUUGGGUCUCACUCCCUCAAGUAUUGAGGUCUUGCCGCCAGGGCAAUUUACGACCCUACAUUCGGGCUCAGAGCAGGACAAGCCCUCUGAAGACGUUCCCUGGAAUGAUCAACAGUCUCUCACAUCUGUCCAAACUCCAAGCAUCGAUGAUAUUGCAAGCCUUGCAAGCCUACUCCAGAAUGCCGAAAUCCCAUCGGCGCUUUGGGGAGUAAACGCUGCUGGCUGCUACGGAGGAGGGCUUUGUCCUUUGAUCGUCAUCAAUGAAGCCGAUCAGACUCGAGUCUUCGAGCUGCUACGCUCCCAUGGAUGCCGGCCAUCGCAGCCCCUGCCUGGGAACCCCCCAAACGAGUUUGAAACGUGGCGGGAUCUCGCCUUGCAUCACGAGUAUCAAGAUCGGCGUCGCCUGCGUCCUUGUAUACCGAUGUAUGAGUUGCCAGAAACCGGAGAUGAAUUUGUUGAUGCCUUUCUUCCAUUCAUCGUGGUGUGCUCGGCCGAAUCAGUUGGAUUACCGAAGAUUCCACCAUUAUCGUUGAUAAAGACACAUUCCCAGGGAGAACAAAAAGACGUGGCUCAACGAGAUGUAGAUUCCCUUUACCAGAAACAGCGAAACACGCAAGGUUAUGUUUUACUCAGCGAUCUUCCCUACUGCAUCCUCGGCUCCCACGAAUCCCAUUCGAGUCUUCUAGUACCAGAAUUUCAUCUUCUGGUGCAGUCCAUCCUACACGCUAUUUUGCAACUGCCUGAACACACGCCUCGCUGGGCUCAGUUCAUGGCCGAGCUUUCAGAAUUGCUCCGUUCGCCUGGUUGUGUCAAGGGACCUGAUUCAUUGCACGAGAUGGUCAAACCGUCACAAUUGAGAUUUGCCAGGUGGGUUCAACUCGCCUUGAGAGGGAAGAGCGAAAACACAGAAUUGCGCUCAAUUCGAGAUGAAUACCGGGAUGCAUGUCAUUCAGAUGAGACCUGA